GAACGUCGACUUUUCGCCGCGCCGUCCGAUAGAAGCACCCAUAUAGACUCUCGCAGUCGCGGCACUUUCUGAUAGUCGCCGUCCAGACCUGCUGCGGAUCGCAUCCCCGGAGAGCUGACACUUUCUCGCGCACUCGGCGUACACGCGACGUGUUUCUUGUUACAGUUCUUCUUGCUACGGGUUUGUUGUUUUUUUUUUACAUUUCCCUGUGUGUUUUUCUGUGCGUAAGAGGUGCCGUGCGACAGUUCAGUGCCGUCUGCAGUGUGUACCAGAAAUCAGUGCGUCAAGUUACCGCCGGCUCGAUGACACUCGAGCUUUUUGCACAGUGACCGCACCUCCGAGAGGAUUUUUCCUUUCUCCCGCACGUCUCGACCAUUCGUGCACAGCCUGAAACGAGAAGCAACAGUAGCAACAGGAGAUAUUGAAUUUCUUUCGAAAGCCUUGAGAAGUAAUUCCAAUUGUCACAAUGGCCAGCAGUACUCUGAAUCGGAAAACAAUGAACAGCAGCCACCACUCGUCGUACUCGUCCACCUCGGCCAGCAACCUCGACAACAAUUUAGAUCCCUUAAUUCGCUCGGUAAUGAACGUUGCACAAAAAACAGAUGCCUUACUCGACGAUCUUCAAACGAGCAUAUCUCCGAGCAAAAACGACACUCUGCCUCGUUCCCAUCACUAUCAGCAGCAGCAACAACAACACAAGCAACAACAGUACCAGACAUCGUCUCGUACAGUCGAUCGAUCCAACAGUCUCAGCAGAAAAUCGCCAAUGAGAUCAGCAUCGCCGGCAAUGAGGUCGAUGUCACCCUCGCAGUCAUCGGGAGGCGGCCGCACGAGGACGAUCGAAAAGUACGUGAGCACAGGUCCGGCGGGCACACCUUCUGGAAUUCCCGGCCUUGAGAUGCUCGACGAGGAGCUCAAAGAUGUUCAACCAGGUCAGAGCAAGACGGUAGCCUACAAGCAGGUCUCCUACCACUACGACAAGCAGCAGGAAGGACAAAAUCUCGAAUCUUGGUCGAAGAGCGACAAGCAAUUCAGUAGGAAUGACGCCUCCAUCGCCGACGACUUCAGCCAACGUACGUUCGAACGAUCUAGCUCGAGGUCGCGCGACAGUCCCGACUUUGCGAGAAAUCAGCAUCAGCAGCAGCAUCAAAACAAGGAAAUAAUCUACAAGGCGGACGUGUCGACGAAAACGAUACCGGCGCCACUGCACAGGACAGCUUCCGAGUCGAGAUCCGAGCGCGACUUUAAAUACCUCAAGGAGACCAGCGCGAGAAGCGAGCCCAGUCCAGCUCUGUCGCGCAAGAACCUGCAGAAGAGCGAGCAGCACGCGACCAGCGAGGAGCUGCGCAACGUCGAGUACUUGCCACCGAACCUAGCCCCGGGCCCCAACACCAAGGUCACCACCACCAUCAAGACUUACACGUACGAGCUGCCCGGAGCGCCGGAGAACUACCUGCCGCCCUCGAGCACGACCACGAGCGUCACGAAGAACGUGAACGUCGACAAGGCCGUGAGCUACACCGUGCCCAAGUCCCAGGAGCAGAGCCAGACCAGUGAAAAGGCCGUGAGGUACCACGUGGAGGAGCAACGCUACGUGCCGCCCGCAGCGGUUCCUCAGCAGAGCAACAGCAGCAGCGAAAGAUCCGUCAAGUACCAGGUGGAGGAGCAGCGCUACGUGCCCCCGGUAGCCAGUCCCCAGAUCGGCAACAACAGCGAAAAAGCCAUGAGGUACCAGCAGGUCGAGGAGCAGCGCUUCGUCUCGCCGCCCGUGGUCAGCAGCCAGCAGAGCAGCAGCAGCAAGGAGCAGAAGAUCAUGAAGUCGUACCACGUGGAGGAGCAGCGCUACGUGCCACCGCCGAGCCAGCACAGCACGAGCAGCGAGAAGGCCGUCAGGUACCACGUGGAGGAGCAGAGGUACGUGCCGCCCUCGACGCCGGUCAUGCAGCACAGCAGCAGCAACACGAGCGAGAGGCGCUACCACCUCGAGGAGCAGACGAGCCCCAGGUACGUCGCGGCCAGCCCGACCCCCGUCAGCAAGAGCAGCCACCACGAGGAGAAGAUGUUCGUCGAGCGCCGCGGCUACCGUCAGGCCUCGCCCCAGCCCCAGCCCCAGCCCCUCAGCCAGCAGAGCACCCUCAACCGGAGCGAGAGGUACGUCCAGCAGAGCCGCGACUACCCCGACCACGUGUCGAACCAGCGCCAGGAGCGAGUCGUCUACUCGUCCGAGCGCGCCACCAGCCCCGUCCAGAGCAGUCUGCACAACAGCAGCAAGCAGCAGCAGCACUUCGAGGAGCAGCACUACUCGACCAGCUCGAGGCCACCCAAGCCCGCUGCCAACUACGAGUCCAGCAACAAUGCCCACUUUUACAAGUACGACGAGCAGAUCAUCGGCACCAGGCCCUUCCCGACGAGCGAGCGACCGGCCAGUCCCCGUCAGCAGCCACCGAGGCGCAUCGAGGACCUCAUGGCCUCCUUCGAUUCCGAGGAGAUGCAUCAUCAACAGCAGCAACACCAUCAAGAGGUCGUCGAGAAAAGGGAGACCUUCCACAGCAAAAACGGACACAUCACCAAGGAGGUGGAAUACAUCAAACACUCGCCGUCGAACGGCACCUCGACCAUGAGAAGCAGCAGCAAGAGCGUCGCCGGACCUCCGGUCUACUAUCCGCCGGGCUCAGCCGAAUUCGCCAAGAAGGAAGAAGCCAUGGCCAAGAACGGCAGCGAAUGGACUAAGGAAAAGGCAGCUUACGAGCACGGAUCGGCCGAGAACACCAAGAAGAAGGACAAGUCGAAAAAGAAAGUCGUGCCGGUCUGUCUACCUCUCUGUUGCGCAUUGCCAUGCGUCAUCAUGUAGACCAAUUAUAAUUACACCAUGACCUUUCAAUCUUGAUCGCUUAUUUAUACAUCUUUAUCAGCACUUUUACAUUUUUGUUAUACCUGUAUCUCUUAAUGACCGUAUCAUGAAGUCUCUCUAUAAUUCUUCGUAUGCCAUACAUACAAAUUUUAGUUCUUAAUCAGCAGGAAAUCUUAGUUUAGUACUGUGUCAUUUUAUUAUUAAAUCUAGUUUUAAUUACUAUACCAGGUUUCUUUUCUUAUAGCAGUUGAACCUGUCAUUUUAUAUAGUUCAAUAACAUUAAGUGUCUAUACGUGUAUCAGUUCAUGUCUUAUUACUCAGUUGACAUUCUACAUCAUUUAUUUAAUUUAUCUACUAUUCAAAAAUAACUUUUGCAUAAGGAUGUUGACUUGCGGUGUUGUUUUGUUAACAAUAACUGUGCUAUUUGUAAUAAAAUAUUUUUUGUUUAUUACAAUAAGAUAUUAAUACGUAAGACAAGGUUUACCUAGUUUAUAGAAUCUUGAAUAAUGUACAUAUAGAAACAAAAAGAUAAUAAUAAAUACUAUCAUACAAUGUA